GGGGACAGGGCCGGGGAGAGGUGACAGGGCAAAGGACUCGGUGGGGACAGGGCCCGGGGUGGCUGUGACAGCAGGGUGUCCCCACAGGCCAAGUACCUGGCACAGAUCAUCCUGGUGGGGGCCCAGGUGGUCGGACGGGCCUUCAUGCGGGCGCUGCGCCAGGAGUUUGCAGCAAGCCGAGCAGCAGCAGACGCACGAGGGCGCUCAGAGAGGCCCCAGUCCGCCGCUGCCUCCAGGAUCAUUGGCAUCAGCCUCCAGGAAGCUCAGCAGAUUCUCAACGUCUCAAACCUCAACCCAGAGGAGAUCCAGAAGAACUACGACCACUUGUUCAAGGUGAACGACAAGUCAGUGGGAGGUUCCUUCUACCUGCAGUCAAAGGUGGUGAGAGCCAAGGAGCGGCUGGACGAGGAGCUCCGCAUCCAGGCCAAGGAUGAGAAGGAGAAGGGGUGGAAAGUUGAGACGUGACUCCUGCCAGCCCUGCACCCCGUGUCCCUCACCCUUAACUUAUAGGUAGCCAAUAAAUACCAUGUCCUUCAGCACCUGGCCUGGCCGCUCUGCAUCCCGGGGAGGGAGAGGGGACUUGCCUGCCUCUGCCCACUGCCCCAGAGGGGAUCAGCCCCUACAAGGGGCUGGGUUUUGCCCUGGCAAGGAGGAAGAGGGAGGUGGCUGGGGAAGAAGGGGUGUCCCCGAGGCACUGAGGGCUGCCAGGGCUCAAAUGGCACCCGAGGAGGCUGUAGGAGCUAUUUUCGUGGUGAGUUCAGAUGCUUUCGGCCUGAGCGUGCGGAUACCUCUGGCUCCGUACCCUGGGAGUGCCGGGAGCUCUGUGCCGUUACCCUUCUCCCACCCUGGGCGGGCAGUCGGGAUGGCUUCAGGGUUGGGAUGAGGGGCCAUGUGGCUUGUCCUGGGGCUUCACCAGUGCCGGGGCUGCCUGAGCGGGAGUGUGGGGACCUGCCGGGGCACUGGGCAGAGCCAGCUGUGCCCCUGUCAUCGUGCCCUUCACCUCCAGCACCCCUCUGCCCCCACCAUGGGCUCCUCGGCACCAUCACCACGGUCAUGAACUGAAACAGGAACUUACUUCAACUUCACUUUAUUGUUUUCUUAAUAAACUUCCUCUCCCCUGGAGGAAUAUAGUGUUAUA